AAAUUCUAAUUACUUUGCUGAAAGUGAAGCAUCGACAGGCAUAGAGAAGAAGAAGAAGAAGAAAAUGCAUUACUGGGUUCGAGCUUCUUCUUCUGAUUUCUCCGGAACCCUUCCUCAGCCUCGCAGUGGUCAUUCUGCGGUGGUGAUCGGAAAAUCGAAGGUGGUGGUGUUCGGUGGACUCGUGGACAAGAAAUUCCUCAGUGACAUCGUUGUUUACGAUAUCGAGAACAAGCUAUGGUUUAAGCCAGACUGUACUGGGAGUGGGUCUGAUGAACAAAUUGGUCCCAGCCCACGAGCAUUUCACGUUGCUGUUGCUAUUGACUGUCACAUGUUCAUCUUUGGUGGGCGUUCUGGCAGCAAAAGGUUGGGUGACUUUUGGGUCCUAGACACAGAUAUAUGGCAAUGGUCAGAGUUGACCAGUUUUGGUGACUUGCCCUCACCACGGGAUUUUGCUUCAGCCUCAGCUGUAGGAAAUAGGAAAAUUGUUAUGUUUGGUGGCUGGGAUGGUAAGAAGUGGCUGUCAGAUGUAUAUGUCUUAGACACAAUAUCGCUGGAGUGGGUGGAGCUGUCAGUUACAGGAUCUUUGCCAUCACCUAGAUGUGGACACACAGCUACAAUGGUCGAGAAACGGUUGCUUGUCUAUGGCGGCAGAGGUGGAGGUGGGCCAAUCAUGGGUGAUUUAUGGGCUUUGAAGGGACUUAUCGAUGAAGAGCUUGAAACACCUGGGUGGACCCAAUUGAAGCUUCCUGGUCAAGCACCUUCUCCUCGCUGUGGUCAUACUGUCACAUCAGGAGGGCACUAUCUCUUGUUAUUUGGUGGCCAUGGCACAGGUGGUUGGCUGAGUCGUUAUGACAUUUACUACAAUGACUGCGUUGUUUUGGACAGAGUUUCUGCACAAUGGAAGCGUUUACCUACAGGAAAUGAAGCUCCUCCUGCUCGAGCAUACCAUUCUUUGAUCUAUCUGGGUUCACGGUAUCUUUUAUUUGGUGGCUUUGAUGGGAAAGCCACAUUUGGAGACAUGUGGUGGUUGGUUCCUGAAGAGGAUCCAAUUGCAAAGCGGUUUACUGUGCCCCCACAAGAAAAUCUCCCUGAGAAUAAGGUUGCAGUAGCAGCAAAUGAUACAACCCUAUCUGGACUCAAGGAAAGUCAAGAGUCUGCUGUUGCUGAACUGCAAAGAAGACUUGGAAUUUCGGUUUCACUAUCUAGUUGUGGUCAAAUUGUAGAUGAGUUAGAAGUCAAAGAACUCAUUGAACUGGGAACAAGGAUGAUGGGAGAAACAAUUUACAGUAAUGAGCAGGAUCUGCACUUUAAGGCAAUUCAGGCAGUUCGUGAUCACUGGAGAAAGUCUACUCCAAGUUCUAUACCACUCAAGGAGCUCAGACCUUUGCUACGAGAUUACCAACGGCUGAUUACUAGUCAUUUCUUACAAAAUUGUGGAUCUGAUUUGCAGUCCAUUGAGUCAGAUUUUACUGGAAAAGAAGCUUACAAGUUUUAUCAUUUGAAAAAUGUUUCCCAGCUGCGGAUGGAUGAUAUUCCAAAACUACUGGAAGAGUAUAAAAAGCUUCUGCCUGAUGAGAACACAGUGGUUGAUCUUUGUGAGAAAUGAAGGAAAAGCUUGCUCUGAGGCAUUUUUUCUUUCCUCACAUUAAAACAUUAUGGAGGAGCUUGCUUCUGCCCGAAACUGACCCUGGCCUAACUUUUUUGUUUUAACAAUCAUCCUUUUCUGUUGAGCAAAGCUAGUUCAGGUAAUGUGCUUAUCCAUCACAUAAUCCUGGAAAACUUCCUGUCACUACUGUCACUAUUCACACUUGAAUUUUCUCUACUUAAUCAUUUACUGCAUGUUGUAUCAUAUCCUUUGUGGAGCUUGGGUACAGCUUUGUGUAAACUGGAGGGUGCUAGAAUUGCUAUUUGCAAAAAAUAAACUGUGUUCCAAACG